AUGGUCAAGGACUUCAACAACUUCCAGGACCGGUCAGGCAACUUCUUGACCAGCACCCCGCUUGCCAAGUCCUUGUUCUUCGCCAGAGGCAGCGGUUGGCGGCGCCAUAGACAAAUUGUCUCCCCGACUUUCACCACGGCCAAGCUGAAGCAGAUAGCGACGUUGGUGGACAUCUCUGCACAGUCACUGAGCAGGUACCUGGGCCAGUCAGCCAGACAAGGGGCUGUAGUUCCCAUGAAGGAGAUCUGUGGACAAUAUACCUGUGAGAUCAUCGCCCGGACUGCCUUCGGGUUCAAGGUCGAUUGCAUCGGUGUUGACGACGAAUUUUACAACAAUGCUAAAAACCUCUUGUACUUAAGUCGUAAAACGAUCAGUCAGCUUUUAAGGUUAAUUCCUUUCAUUCCACAACUUUGUGUCAAAGUCUUCAAGCUACAAAUCUACGACCGUGUUAAUUUAAAGUCGCACAGAUAUUUUGACACUGUUUUAAAAUCAGCAAUAAAAGAAAGGAGGAUACAUCGCCAGUCUGGCAUAAGAAAAGCAACCCCCGAUUUUCUGGAUCUGCUUCUGAAAACCAACGAGGCCUCACAAAGCGGCCAGGUCAACAGAGACGAGGUAGAUGUUGCAGAUUCCACCACAGAUGCAGAGGGACAGCCAGUAGAAGGCCUCACGGAUGAGGAGAUCCUGGGUCACUCCAUGCUGGUCAUUUUUGCUGGACUGGAAUCCACUGCCUCCACAUUGCACGUGUGCCUUUACGAACUGGCCUUGAACCCUGACAUCCAGGAACGAGUGUACCAGGAGAUGCAAGAAGUGUUGAAGUCCGAUUGUCCUAGCUACGAAGAGUUGAGCAAACUAACGUACAUGGAGCAAGUCAUCAACGAGACUCUACGCCUGUACCCACCCCUGCUAAGUAUCAACAGGCUGGCCAAGGAAUCCGUCACCUACAACGGAAUAACCAUCCCAAAAGGAGCCACAGUGAUGAUACCCUUGUUUCACAUACUCACAGAUCCCAACAUCUAUCCUGACCCCAAUCAAUUCGACCCUGACCGUUUUUCACCUGAGGAACGAGAGAAGAGACACCCGCUGGCAUUUAUGCCUUUUGGCCAUGGUCCCAGGAUGUGUUUAGGGAUGAGGUUGGCUUACCUAGAGCUGAAACAGGGCCUAGUGCAGGUGCUACGUAAGCUGAGGGUGGUCCUAAAUGAAGACACAACUCCAAGGAAAGGAGAGGGCAAAAUUAAAACUAUAGCCCUAGAAAUUCUGGUGAUGGAAAGACCGAUUCGCCUUGCCUUCCAAGUCAGAGAACAAACAGUGACUGGCGUGCCAGAGUGA